UAAUCUAGGGUUUUUGGUUUCUCUUUAUCAUUCUCGUUACUUCCGCAAUAAAAGCGUCUGCGGCUACAUUUUUAGUUUAGGGUUUCAGCUUCUUAGUUAGCAUCUCUCCAGGUUUUGAGUGGGAAGAAUCAUCUUGAGCUAUGUCUCCAGCUAAAGUUGAUACCACGAAGAAGACUGACCCCAAGGCCAAGGCCUUGAAGGCUGCAAAAGCAGUUAAGUCUGGCCAAGCCUUCAAGAAGAAGGACAAGAAGAUUAGGACUAAGGUCACCUUCCACAGGCCAAAGACUUUGACCAAGGCUAGAGAUCCCAAGUACCCAAGAAUCAGUGCUACUCCAAGGAACAAGUUGGACCAUUACGGUAUCCUCAAGUACCCACUCACCACUGAGUCUGCAAUGAAGAAGAUUGAAGACAACAACACUCUGGUCUUCAUUGUUGACAUUCGUGCCGACAAGAAGAAGAUCAAGGAUGCUGUUAAAAAGAUGUAUGACAUCCAGACGAAGAAGGUCAACACCCUCAUCAGGCCUGAUGGAACGAAGAAGGCUUACGUUAGGCUUACACCAGACUACGAUGCUCUAGAUGUUGCUAACAAGAUUGGCAUCAUCUAAGUUUAUCUUACCUCUGCUAUUAUAAAAAGGACUUGUGGUUUUGUCUCUAGUAGUCAAAACGUUGUUUUACAAUACAUUCGUGUUGCACUUAAUUGUUGAAUUCAAGUUCUAUGUUUUUUUGGCUU